GUUCCAUUAGUUGCUAUCGGUCCGUUUUACAGUUAACCAUCCCAUUUUAAAUGUGUUGAAUGUUGCGACACGUAACAAAGUCGAGUCGAGAGUUGGUGACACAGUUCAGCGACACGUCAACCACACGGAAGAAGGUUCCCAUCCAACCUGCCACAGAACUGCUGAUUGAAGGGCCGUAGUCUUAUCGAAAUGGGUGGUUUCUUCUCUAAUCUCUUCUCGGGCCUGUUUGGCACCAGGGAGAUGAGGAUCCUUAUCCUGGGUUUGGACGGAGCAGGAAAGACGACCAUUCUGUACCGUCUGCAGGUUGGAGAAGUGGUCACCACAAUCCCCACAAUUGGCUUCAAUGUCGAGACAGUCACGUACAAAAAUCUGAAGUUCCAGGUGUGGGAUCUGGGUGGACAGACGAGUAUCAGGCCUUACUGGCGAUGUUAUUACUCAAACACAGAUGCAGUCAUCUACGUCGUUGACAGCAGCGACCGUGACAGGAUGGGCAUCUCAAAGUCUGAGUUGGUGGCCAUGUUGGAGGAGGAAGAGCUGAAGAAAGCUAUCCUGGUGGUAUUUGCAAAUAAACAGGAUAUGGACCAGGCAAUGACGCCCACUGAGGUGGCCAACUCUUUGGGCCUUCCCGCCCUCAAAGACAGGAAAUGGCAGAUCUUCAAGACAUCGGCCACAAAGGGCACAGGUCUUGAUGAAGCAAUGGAAUGGCUGGUGGAUAACCUGAAGAGUCGGCAGUAAUGGCUCCCACUCAUUCUGUAUAUACUCCUGACCCUUGACCCUUCGGUAUGAAGCCUUGUGACUGACCUUUCCCUUCAUCCCACUUUCCACUGGACCCCGGGUUGCACUCCUCCCCACCUCCAACCGACCUGAAGCCUUGGCCAAGCCCCCCCCAAUGCCUAACGCCUUUCUAGCUUGGGACUUACAUGUGAUGGCUGCAGUAACGUCUGGACUGGGCACACACUCCCAAUGCUGGUGGCCCAAGUGAAGGUUUAAAAGAGUUUUACAUCUUCAGUGAUGGACAAGUUGGUAUCUACACUUUCAUGUGUUUUGGAAAUGCAAAGAAAAUCCUCAACACAAAGACAUGAUAAAUGUUGCUAAUUUUACUAUUUAAGUGUCAACGCUGAAAUAAUUACGAGGAAUCUAUAAAUAUGGCUCCUUGAAAAGGCCGUCCAUGCUUAUCCUCUGUAGCGUUCUUCAAAUCAAGUGUCUUUGCUGGACAAUUCUUCGGUUCGCUUCAUCUUCUCCCAGAGGGGUUAAAUAGUUCUCAUGUUGUGCAGCCAGAAGAUGAUCCGUAGUUGAUGGGCACCCUUGUGAGCCAGGUGCAAUGAUGAUCCACCGGGAGGCUGUGUUGUCCCAUAAAGGCACAGAUGUCAUCAGUGGUUCCACAGUGCACAUUUCCAUCCUGCUCCUGAACUAAGGAACCAGAGAUGAGGUAAUAUCAUCACUGAGAAGCAACUGCGUGAUUUCCAACUCAUUAGACAAUUUUGGAUUGUAUGCUGGACUAGCCGUACCUUUCUGUGAACAAGCGGCCGGCUUGUAGAAAAUGUUCAGAUUUAUUUUUGGAAAUUGCAAAUUUGGCCUCAAUCAGUGGAAUAAAAAAAAAAAAAUACUACACAUCCACUAUAUGUCCUCUGGCCAAGUGUUACUGCAGCCUGGGCUGUUUUGAACUAUGUAGUCAGGCAGAUACAAUGUCAUGGUUUUCUAUGUUUUUGUUUUGUUUUUUUUCCUCCUGUUCAUUUGUGUUUUCUUUAAAAAAAAAAAAAAACUUAGUAGUUAAAGCCUCUUUCCAUUGAAAUUUGUGAAUGCAUCUUUGGCAUAUUAGUCAUUAAGUUACUGAACACUAACUGUAUGCUCAAAGUUUAAUGGUUGCAUAUUUAUAUCAGCUUGUACAUUGAAAAUGAUUCGAAGUAAAGAUUGCUAUCAGU